GGCGCGAGCGAGCUUCCGUGCCGCCCGCCAGCCCGCGCGACCUACCUGGGCGCCCCGCGCCCCCGGAUGCUACAGGUUACUCAGCGGUCGUUAUGACCUCCCGGUUACGUGCGUUGGGUGGAAGAAUUAAUAAUAUACGAACCUCCGAAUUACCCAAAGAGAAAACUCGAUCCGAGGUCAUCUGUAGUAUACGGUUUUUGGAUGGCGUGGUACAGACCUUUAAAGUUAACAAACAAGAUCUGGGCCAAUCACUUCUGGAUUUGGCCUACGGCCACCUGGGCGUGACGGAGAAGGAGUACUUUGGCUUGCAACAUGGCGAUGACCCAGUGGACUCCCCCAGAUGGCUCGAGGCAAGCAAACCCCUCAGGAAGCAGCUGAAAGGAGGUUUCCCCUGUACCCUGCAUUUUCGAGUCAGAUAUUUUAUACCCGAUCCCAACACACUGCAACAGGAGCAAACCAGGCAUCUGUAUUUCUUACAACUGAAGAUGGAUGUUUGCGAAGGAAGGUUGACGUGCCCUCUCAACUCAGCCGUGGUUCUAGCCUCCUAUGCUGUACAAUCUCGUUUUGGAGACUUUAAUCCUUCCAUACACCAUCCAGGCUAUCUUGCCGACAGCCAGUUCAUACCAGAUCAAAAUGAUGACUUUUUAAGCAAGGUGGAGUCGCUCCAUGAGCAGCACAGUGGACUAAAGCAGUCCGAAGCAGAAUCAUGCUACAUCAACAUAGCUCGGACCCUUGACUUCUACGGCGUGGAGCUUCACGGAGGCAGAGAUCUGCACAAUUUAGAUCUAAUGAUCGGAAUUGCUUCUGCGGGCAUUGCAGUGUACCGAAAAUACAUUUGUACGAGUUUCUACCCUUGGGUGAACAUACUCAAAAUUUCUUUCAAAAGAAAAAAGUUCUUCAUACACCAGCGGCAAAAACAGGCUGAAUCCAGGGAACAUAUCGUGGCCUUCAACAUGCUAAAUUACCGAUCUUGCAAAAACUUGUGGAAAUCCUGUGUGGAGCACCAUUCAUUCUUUCAGGCAAAGAAGUUACUACCUCAGGAAAAGAGUGUUCUGUCCCAGUACUGGACUCUAGGCUCCAGGAACCCCAAAAAGUCUCUAAAUAACCAAUACUGCAAAAAGGUGAUCGGAGGGAUGGUGUGGAAUCCAACCAUGAGGAGGUCCUUAUCAGUGGAACGGCUAGAAACCAAGAGCCUACCUUCUCGGUCCCCACCCAUCACCCCCAACUGGCGAAGUCCUCGGCUCCGGCACGAAAUCCGAAAGCCUCGCCAUUCUUCUGUGGACAACCUCGCCAAUGAGAUGACCUACAUCACGGAAACCGAAGAUGUGUUCUAUACCUACAAGGGAUCCCUGUCCCCCAAAGACAGUGAUUCCGAAGUAUCCCAGAACCACAGCCCACACCGAGAGAGUUUGUCUGAAAACAAGCCAACACAAAGCCGCCUGACCCGGCAAUCAUCCAGUUCGGUGUCUCCGUCUUCAAAUGCCCCAGGCUCCUGUUCGCCAGACGGAGUUGACCCGCAGUUCUUAGAAGACUAUCACAAGAUGAUCAAAGGGGGCUCCAUCGAGGAUGCCAGCCAGUACUACUGCGACAAGAGUGAUGAAGGUGAUGGGUACCUAGUCCUGAUCCGCAUCACACCAGAUGAAGAGGGAAGAUUUGGAUUUAAUCUCAAGGGAGGAGUGGAUCAAAAGAUGCCUCUUGUGGUCUCAAGGAUCAACCCAGAGUCGCCGGCGGACACUUGCAUGCCAAAGCUGAAUGAAGGGGAUCAGAUCGUGCUGAUCAAUGGCCGGGACAUCUCAGAGCACACUCACGACCAGGUGGUGAUGUUCAUCAAAGCAAGCCGGGAGUCCCACUCAAGAGAACUGGCCCUGGUGAUCAGGAGGAAAGCUGUACGCUCACUGGCCGAGAUCAGAUCCGAAGAUGAGCUGAGUCAGCUUUUCCCAGAAACCAUGUUUCCUGUAUAUCCUGAGGGCGGGGACAGUCUGGAGGGAUCCAUGGAACUGCUGAAGAAAGGUCUGGAAAGUGGUACGGUGCUGAUCCAGUUUGAGCAACUCUACAGGAAGAAGCCAGGCUUAGCCGUCACGUGUGCGAAGCUGCCUCAGAAUCUGGAUAAAAACCGAUACAAGGAUGUGUUGCCCUAUGACACCACUCGGGUAUUAUUGCAGGGAAACGAAGAUUAUAUUAACGCGAGUUAUGUGAAUAUGGAGAUGCCCGCCGCUAACCUUGUAAACAAGUACAUCGCCACUCAGGGCCCCCUGCCACACACCUGUGCCCAGUUUUGGCAAGUUGUCUGGGAUCAGAAAUUGUCUCUCGUGGUCAUGCUGACAACGCUCACAGAACGAGGGCGGACCAAAUGUCACCAGUACUGGCCAGAUCCCCCUGACGUCAUGGACCACGGCAUCUUUCACGUCCAGUGUCAAGCAGAGGACUGUACCAUUGCUUAUGUGUCCCGAGAAAUGCUAGUUACAAACACUGAGACCGGGGAAGAACACACAGUGACUCAUCUCCAGUAUGUUGCGUGGCCUGACCACGGCGUGCCUGAUGACUCCUCAGACUUCUUGGAGUUUGUGAAGUACGUGAGGUCCCUGAGGGUAGGCGGGGAGCCUGCCCUCGUUCACUGCAGUGCUGGAAUAGGUCGAACAGGUGUGCUGGUCACUAUGGAAACAGCCAUGUGCUUAAUUGAGAGGAACCUGCCUAUUUACCCGCUGGAUAUUGUCCGGAAAAUGAGAGACCAGCGCGCCAUGAUGGUGCAGACAUCAAGCCAAUACAAGUUUGUGUGUGAAGCGAUUCUUCGAGUGUAUGAAGAAGGCUUAGUCCAGAGGCUGGAUCCCAGUUAA